AACAUUUACAAGAAAAGAAACUGUUGAACAAAUAGAAGCAACCUUUGCCCACAGCUGUCCUUAGAAAAAAACGCACUACAGACACCACAGAAUGAGGACAUGACCAUUUCAUAAACGAGGACAGCUGCUUUCAGUUUUGGGCUGGAGAGAGCUAUUCACUGUGUUUACUGUAACAAAUAUUAUAGUAUUAAAAUAGGAUAAUAUUAAACAUGUCAGUUCAACAUCAAUCUUUGAAGAGAAAGAGAAUCAGAGAAGAGAAAGAUGUGAAGACGUGGAUGGGGACAAAGUUGUCCUCCACCUCCAUUGAUGGCUCACGCUGAUGUGUGUGGUUGAAGAGGAGUGGUUUUGACAGCAAGUUAAGGAAGUAAUAAGUGAAGUCUGGUCAGCAUCUGCUUUAUCAGCACUAAGUCUUUUUUCUUGAAAAGCAGCCACUUUCUUUUGAGAGGAACAAGUCUGGUUUUGUUCGUCUACAACCAGGUCACACUUUUUUUGGUUUAUUCGGUUUGACAUGGAUCAUCUGAACUAUACCUUCAAUUCUACCUGCGACCCUGUUCUUGUCGCCACCAACAGGACUUUGGGCGCCCAACAGGUAGGCCCCAGUGUGCUUCUAGCUGUUUGCUGUUUGGUGGGUUUGCCAAGCAACAUUGCCGUGAUCGUCACCAUCACACGUCAGUGGAGCUCAAAAAUCAGCUUCACUGUUAAACUAAUGCUUAGCCUGGCUGUAUCUGACUCCAUUACCCUUGGGUUGGUUCCCUUUGGAAUAUACAGCCUUCUUUGCGGAUGGACUCUCGAUCUUUGGGCCUGCAGGAUUGUAACUUUCCUGACGUACUGUGCUAUGUACGCUGGAGUGCUGACGGUCACUCUAAUGGCUGUGCACCACUACCACACAGUUAAGUCAAAAGUUGCUAACCGGCAUCAAAUUGAAAGGCUGCAGAGGAGUCGCUUGCGCUUGUUGUUGUUUGGACUCUGGGGCUUAGCGAUCGUCUUUGCGGUGCCCAUUUUCUUUACUCGAGGUGUUCAGAUGAAGCGAGGCCUUCCACGGUGCCAAAGGAGCAUAGACUCAGUGUUUGGAAAAGUGACCAUUCUUCUGUUUGAGGUCAUUUUGGGAUUUGUCCUCCCUUUCUCCACCAUUCUGACAUCAUACUGCUGGAUCAACAAGACAAAGCUUCGAGAAGGCAGAGGAGAUGUUAGAAAACGGAAGGCGCGGAUGCGAAGGCUUGUGAUCAGCAUCGUCACAGCUUUCUUUCUUUUCUGGACCCCCGUGCAUAUCAUCAACCUGACCGACGUCGCUUCUACCCUGACUAAGACGUCCUCCCCAGCCGUCUACUCUGCGCUGAAAACUUUCCGUAGAGCAACUGGAGACUUGAGUAAAACUCUGUCUGUAAUUAACUGCUGUGUGAAUCCUUUCCUGUAUGCUGUUGCAUCAGGCGUCUUUACGAAGAAGAAGUAUAAGCAAGAAAAAAAGAGAUAAUAAAAAAGUUCCUGUAAGACAAGAACGAGUCAGACUUUACAAUUUGUCCAUAUCUUGUUAAAGAAAUGUGUUAUGUGUUUAGUCUUGAUUGUGUGUAUUCCUUUUAGUAAGAAAUAUCUCACAUCCUCUUUAAAUGAACUUGCCCUUAUGUGAAUAUGAGGUCUAGUUUCAAGUCUUGUUUCCUAUUUGUUAAAUAGCAGGCUUGAUGAGAGUGUUGUUUUAGUGUCAUUUUUAAAUGAGUUUUCAUUUUAUUAUAAUUUCCUCAUGGAUUUUCUAGCCUCAUUUCAGCUUUAAUUAAAUUGGUAGUCCUGCAACUUUGUAUUAUUAUUCUUUUUUAUUUUUUUAUUAUUAUUAUUGUUGUUGUAAUUACUGGCAAAAACUAUGUUGUUAAUAAUACUCUAAUUAGCCAGUACUGAGAGCCAGUCAGAGCAUCUCCACAAUGCUCAUUUGUCACAGGAUGCUUUAGUUAUUUGUUCAACUGCUAAAUACAUUUACAGAGCUCACACAGCUACAGACAAUCCAGUUUUGUAUUCUGCACUCUGUUGUCAGCCUUGUCAACUUUGCAGUUUUUAUUAAAAUGUGUGUAGAAUGUGUACAACUAACAUGUCUCUCAGAGGAAACAGAAUCAAGACACCAAUUUUAACACCACUAACUGUAUACUGGAGAGUGUCAGAAUACAGCAGAGCUAACAAAUUAAUUAACAAAAAUUAACAAAAUCAAAUUAUGCAACGUCUGCAAACGCUGCACACUAAAUUGAACAAAAUUGUAACAAAUUAAACUAAUUUAACAUGAA